AGUCCGGGGUGGCAGCCGCAAAGUCAAAGGGUCGCCGGGAGCGCGUGAGGCUUGCCACUUGUAGGCUCCGCUCCGCUUGCUCCUGAGAAGAGUUGUGUUCUUUUCCCGCCACGAGAAUAAGUCGUCUGACAGGUGAGUGACGUUCCCAGUCGCGGGGUCGCUGCCCGAGGUCUCGUUCCCAGGAGAAGCUGACAGCUUCCGUCUCCUGGAUGCGCGGCGGACGAGCGUCACUCAGAUCUACAGCUACACACACGGACGUCGGCGGCGGCAGAAGAUCUCACUCUGAUAUCCAAGUGUCAUCAGUCGACAGGUGAUUAAGAGUUAAUCAUCUGCCGUCAUCACUUUCGACAGAUGACGGUUUAUGCCAGAUAAUUCCAGAAGUGUUGAGAGAAUUUCGCGGUUUAGACUAGAAGCACUUUUGUUGGGGGCCAAGUGGGUCGGCUGGGGUGGCGCUACUGAUGAUCUCGUCUGAAAUUGGGAGUUGAGCGGUGAAGGCGAGCCGCGCGUGCCGGUGCCUGAGAAUGGACGUUCGUUACCGGACGUUUGAGCGCAUUCAGAACCACGGAUACUUUAUAGCACCUAUAUUGGAACUGUCCUCCGAGGGUUUUGGACAAGUCGACCAACAACGUUGAUUGAAGGUAACGCAGGAAAAGGCACGUUCUCUGCACCAAGGAUGGGUCCAAACACAAGGACGGUACUAACGGCAGGACUGGUCCUUCUGUCCGCCUGGCUGGAAGUAAGCCUGGCGCAGUCCGACCUCCGACUGGAGGUGCCGAGGAAAGUCAGCACGAUCGUGGGAGACCCCGUCACCAUCCCCGCCACCUUCAGGACAACCCGCCGGGUCAUGUCUAUCCUCUGGUCCAAGAUGCAGGGGGAGGGUGGCGCGAGGCAGCCGGUCAUGUCAUCCUACCCCAUAGCCGACACUACCGAGGCCCACGCCGGGUACGUGGGGAGGGCUGAGCUGGUAGGCGAGGCGUCCCUGAAGAUCACGGGCACGCGUGCCGAGGACGAGGGGACCUACGUGCUGGCUGUGGCCGUGGAGGGGCUCGGGCCACAGGAGAGAUUCGUCAAGCUGGAUCUCAUGGUCCCCCCGACAGUGGAGGUCGGCCCGAAAGACCCCCAACUCACGACCGCUGGGAGGUCUGUGUCCCUGACAUGCGCAGUACGCGGCGCCAAGCCGAACAUUACGUCACUGCGCUGGGAGAAGGGCAGCGCCAUGAUUGACAGUAACCGGUUCGACACCAAGUUCUCCGGCGGAACGCUACAAAAUCCCAACCUGGUGAUCAGGCAUGUCACCAGGGGCGACGCGGGACGCUACAGGUGCAUCGUCGAUCACGUGAUCAAGUCUGCCAGCGCUGCCCUGAACCUUCAAGUUCUCUAUGCGGCCUCGGUCAUCAGCAUCUCGGACUCCCGCACUGCUGUGAUCUCCGAGUCCGUCACCCUGCAGUGCACGGCGGACGGAAACCCUCCCCCGAACGUCACCUGGACGCGGAACGGCCUCCCCGUCCGCAGCUCGACCCGCAGCCUGUCCCGGGACGUCCGCCUGAGCUCCGUGGUCCUCUCGAACGUGCAGCUGAACGCCAGCGGGACGUACGUCUGUACCGCUAGCAACAGCGUGGGGAAGAGCGACGUCAAGUCACUGCAACUCGUGGUGGAAGAAUACUCGAUGGACGAAAGGAGCAGCAUGAUCGCCAUCUUGGUCGGCGCCCUGGCGGGCGGUCUGUGGUUGAUCAUCUGCCUGGUCCUGGCGGUCUACUUCUUCAGAAGACGCCGCGAACGAGAAGAGAAGAAGAAGUUCUCGUUUUACUACAACAUGGGCCGCCGCGGACAGGAGACGAUCAACAAGAAACUGCAGGAGGACACACUGGACAGCGGACGUCACCCCAACCCGCAGUUACCAGCCAAGCCGAUGUUGCCCACGGCGCCUAACGCUGGUAUAGAGACCCUCAGGCGUACAAAGAAACAACGAGAGAGAAGAUACGCCAAGGCCAUGUACCCGUAUUACCCGCAAGACGACAACGAACUCUGUCUGGAGAUAGAUGACGUCAUCGAGGUGCUGGAGGGGGAAGAUGGCGGCUGGUGCCUGGGUUACCUGAGGGGCAGGAUAGGCCUGUUCCCCUCCAACUACGUCAAGUUCCUUACUGCAAAGGAAGCAUCUGCUGCAAAGUUGAAGGAUCUUCACGAGACGAAAGACGCCGUGAAACUGCCGAACAAAGGAAGUAUCUAAACCCGAUACCAGAUGAUCGAGUGUAGAAAAGCAGUUUGUUCCAGCGAAUCGACGCUAACAAGUACUUUGACCGAGGAGAUUACAACAUCCUUGCUUUGACAUUUACGUCCAACUAUCGAGAGAAAACCUACCCCAUCGUUGGCACGUGACCAGGGGGAGAAACUGUACAGAAUUUAAUGUAAAGACCAAACUUAGAAAUCCACACAUUAUGCGUCUACAUGAUUCUAUGACAGACGCAAUGAACAUUUAGUCGAAUUUGAUGCCCUUUCCAAACUUCGGCGCCAUUUUGAAUCUGCUCUCGCGAGAGCACACUCUCGCGCGAGCCCACGUGAUCUUGAUCAUAGAGUAAGAGAUGAGAUGUGUAAAAAAAGGAUGUGCCAUCCCAGAGCUUAACAAUGGCUGAUGGAAACGAUGCCACAACUUUUAUUUAUACGCCCGUUGAGACCAGCAUGGUGCUGAGAUGUAUAAGCCUGGCGUGGGAACGAAGGAGCGAGUCCUUUCUGUGAAUACCCAAUGAUGAUAGCGUCAUGAAACUGUGUGUAUUAUGUGACGUAUGCAAUGUGUACAGUGCUUACUACUUCAACCAGCUCAUGCAAGAUUUGAAGCUUGGCGAUGUGUUAGAAACACAUCUAUGGGUAUAACCGCCUGUUUCCUUUGUACGAGUAUCUUAACUCAAGUUGUAAUAUUUACUAUUAUGGUUUCUAGUGUCGUUAUUGAAAACGAAUUUCCUUGUAGUGAUAAAAGGAAGAAAAUGUGACGUACCAAUUGUUCAGUGAAGAGAAUACUGUAGCAUAGUAGAGCUAUGUCUAAUCAGAAAUUUAUAGGACUCUGCAUAUAGAACUGAAACCAAAGUAUAUCAUUUUUAGCUUAGAGUAGAGCGUGUUCAGAGAUGCUUGCGGCUUAAUCUUAUGACUACAAUGGUUGGAUUUACCUACCCAGGCAGAGGUAAAUUUAGGCGUCGGCUUAUUUUGUCCGUGUUUUUAGCCGUUUUAUCGGACUCCCUUUGUUGUACUGGUGCCCUUUUUGACGCUAGUCUAACUGGUAAAUGGUAACUGUCUGGCCAAUGGGCACUGCCUGGACAAUUUGAUACUGUCUU